AUGCUCGAGCCCUUGCUGUUGCAGCGUACCAAGGGAGAGAUCAUGGACGAGAAGGCUACCACCAAGACCGAGGUGGCGCACAUGCACGUGUCACACGUUCAGCGAAGGUUGGCCUCGUGUACCGCUGGUGGCGGUGGUGGUGGUGGCGUCUAG